AAAAGCAACCUGAGUGGCCUGACAGACUUUCUUUGUUGAGCUGUCUUUCUGAGGUUGUUUGGAGCCGCUGUGUCAUGGAUAAAGAACUCCCUAAAGCCAGUCCCAACAAGCUUGCACUGAACAUCAAGAAGCCUGACAAGUCCUUCAAAUGCAAGAAGCCCACCAAAAAUGUGCUGGUCUUUUUAAUCAACAGACAACUGGGCAGGCACAGAAGUGACAUCGACCUGUCAAGGUGGCUAUGGAUGCUGUCAUAAAACAACUCCAAGGUGAACAUGGCUUUGGACAAAAGUCAUGUGGCUUAUGUGCUGAGGCCUGCCCAGAAUUUUGAGAAAUUAAAUAUAAUUAGAACAAUAAACUCCUCCCAUGUUUGAGCCAUUAAAA